CAGUUUUAGGUUAUAAUGAAUCAGUCUGAGUCAGUCACGCUUUUAACUAGGCUUGAAUUUUUGGUAUUGUCUUAUUUUGUUUUGUUUAAAAUUUUUUAGAAGAUUUCAAAUGCGUUUAUUAAUGUUUGAAUUAUAAAUAAAUAUAACAUAAUGGCGGGUGUACUAUUUGAAGAUAUUUUCAAUGUUAAAGACAUGGAUCCAGAGGGGAAAAAAUUCGAUCGAGUUAGCCGCCUCCACUGCGAAUCAGAAUCGUUUAAAAUGGACCUAAUUUUAGACAUAAAUUCAUGGAUAUAUCCCAUGGAAUUGGGUGAUAAGUUUAGAUUAGUGCUUGCUACAACACUCAGGGAGGACGGUUACCCUGACGGCGGAGAAUGGAACCCCUUAGAAACGGAGGGAAACCGUGCGGACAGUUUUGAAUAUGUGAUGUCUGGAAAAGUUUAUAGGAUAGAAGGCGACGAGGCAGCCAUGGAGCCUGCAUCACGGUUAGCAGCAUAUGUCUCGUUCGGUGGGCUCCUCAUGAGGUUGCAGGGGGACGCCAACAAUCUUCAUGGUUUCGAGGUGGAUCAGCACAUGUACCUGCUGAUGAAGAAGUUAGCCUUCUAAAUGACAUUGUGAUUAAUAUAUUUCCAUUAAGAGUGUUCAUAAUUAAGUGUGGCAAGUCACAGUGAUGUCAACUUUUAAAUGUAAUCCAACAUUUGAUAACAUCACUGAUUGAUAUUUAAAAAGUCCUCUUCUAUUCAGUGGCGUAACAAUCGGGCGGUAGGGCUGGCAAAAUGCCACGGGCCCCCAUCCCAAAAAGGCCCCAGCUGAAGAGGCCGCAAGCUCAGAAUUUUUUUUUCAUUUUACCUGAGUACUUUAUUUUACUCGAAAAGAAUUUUUUUUACUGAUAGGGCCCCAUCAAAAGAAUUUGCCACAGGCCCCAAAUGGUAUAGUUACGCCACUGCUUCUAUUGAACUAAAACAUUAACAUGCAAUAAUAUUCUUAUUAAGCAGUCACUGUCAUGAUGCCAUAUUAUGGUGGUUGUGGUCAAACCAUGGGGGGGGGGGGUUGUUAAUAAUGCGCACUACCAGUCUCAUUGUUAGCAAUAUGCCCAAAAAGGUCAACCUCCCCGAGGUCCCCCCUGGUAACCAUCGUGAUGAAUUCACUUGAAAUUCAGCACCAAUGGUUUCCAUGGCUAACUGACCUGCUUUUUCAUUCUCACCUAUCAUCUCUCACUGGUGCCCUGCCGGCGUAUACCGAUAGUGCAAGCGGGGUUACCAUUCCAUUAUCAUUCAUAAAAAAAAACCACUCACCAUAGACAGGAAAUUCAUCCUUACACUCUUGAACUUAAACAGUCAUGCAUAGUGCGGUUUCAAAGGAAUUCUCCUACAAGUGCUGACGGUGUGGAAUGAGCUCCCUGCUGAACUUGUCCCUGGAGAUUACAGUAUAUAGUAUAGGAUCCUUUAAAGAGGGUGUAUUAAGAUUUCUUCAGAGGUGAAAAUGUGUAUGUAAUACCCCUAGUUUUGCAAGCGUCCAUAGACUACAAGUAACUGUUUACUAUGAAACUGGCCUAUCAAAAACCCUUGUUUGCCACCUUUAUGAUAUAAAACAAAACAGUAAAUUUGCAUUUUGAUGGCAUAAAUCUAUUUGAAAAAUUCCAAAGCAAAAUAUGAAGUAGGUGUAAAGUUUUUCGUGGUAGAUUUAUAUGACAACAUACUGUAUAAUUAAUGUUUUAGUUUGGUAGAAGAGCAGUGUUUAAAUAAUGAGUUGGAAAUAUUGAAAAUUAACCAAUUAUUGUGACAUUACCACAUUUCAGUAAGCAAGACUUAUAAAUCCUCUUAUAUUAAACAAACCUACCAAGUUACGGACUUUCAGUGACAAUUAAGCUUAGGUCUGCCUGAUGGUUACAUAAUCAGAUGAGGUCGUUUUAAUCUGUACCUUCUUCAGUACCCCUAUAACCCUUUUUGCCUUUUUAUGUACAACUGAAAAUGGCUAACAAAAUCUAAAAUGGUGACCAUUUACGUCUUUGUAAUCAUAUAGUCUGGUUCAAUAGGAUUUAAUGAAAAUAGUCUGGUUCAAUAGAAUUUAAUUUUCGAGUACCUAAAUGAUAAAAUUGUACAGGAGCCGGACUGUAAAUGGCAAUAAAUAUGAACAAAAUUAGCCACUCACUGACUACUACGAUACAGGCCUGCGAGCCUAGUGUAUAAGAAAUUGUGUACCCGACUUUUAGCCACAAUAAAGUUAUUAUUAUUAUUAUUAUAUAAAAAAAAAAUUAUUGACCCCAAACAUAUGAUAGUUUGCUGAUGUCCAAUAGCAUCAUAAAUCAAAAAUCUAUUAAUUUCUAAUUAGUAUUUUUAUGGUAAUUUCAACAACAUUUGGUUACCUUUUCAUUAAAUCCUAUUGGAACAUAAUCAUAAUGGAGGGCUUACAGUCUAUUCCAUUGCUUAAGAUUUUUUUUUUAUAAAUAAGAUAAAGACGUCUUAACUUUAUAUUGAAAACUCAGCAGCGCCUCUAGUAAAUAGUUUCGGAAACUAAGAUUUCUUUUACAAACUUAUCGAUUUAAACGUGUACACGAUUGUAACGUAUAUCUGGAGGUACACAGGUGAAACUUUGAAACAAACAACAAACUAGCUAAGUUGAUACAUAUAUUAUUAAGUUACUAUAUAAGAAUAAAAAUAUAUUUCAUA